CUGACAGAGGGGGAAGGGGAGGCUCACUGAGCGAUAUAUUGGGUGUAGCAGAGAAAUAAAAGCAAAUGUGUGCCAGUCAGCUGGAGACGGAGUGAGCAGAGAGAAAUACAGAGAGAGGGAGGAAGAGGGAAACAGGAAAGCGGGGCAGGCUGGUAUUAUAAGCGCUGUCGAGAUAGAAGGAGGUGAGCUGUGCACGCUGAGGCUGUGAGGAGCCUCAAGCAGGUUGUUCUCUGUGAUUCUGUCUCGGCCUCAUGUGAGGAACAAAACAAAACAGAAGAGGGAAUUAUUUGAGAGAACUGUUUCCUCUCUCCCCCUCCAACCUCUCCGCAGCCUCCUGCCGCCUCUGAAUGAUUGAAGCCAUGCCCAUCGUAUCUGCAAGCACAGGGCUGCAUGAGAUCCUGGCUCUGCUCACGUCUCAGCUUCACCCUGAUGCCAACCACAAAGAAGACCUGGUCUUCCUCAAAGAUGUCUUCAGCGAGAAAAGCAUCGGAUACCUCAUGAAGAUCCAUGAAAAACUGAAGCAGUAUGAGAAACACAGCCCCACUCCAGUCCUGCACAGUGCCUCCUGUUUGGCAGAGGAUCUAGCAGAAGAGCUUCAGAAUGGGCCACUGGAGGAUGAUGAGCAAGAACUGCUGCUCCUCUUGAGCACUCCUCAUCUCAAGGCAGUGCUAUCGGCUCAUGACACAGUGGCUCAAAAAAAAUUUGACCCUGUGCUGCCGCCGCUCCCAGACGAUCUGGACGAUGACCUGGAGGAAGAGUCUGUGAAGAUCGUUCGGCUGGUGAAGAACAAGGAGCCACUGGGAGCGACUAUUCGGAGAGACGAAGCAACAGGAGCUGUAAUUGUGGCCCGAAUCAUGAGGGGAGGCGCUGCUGACCGGAGUGGUCUGGUGCAUGUAGGGGAUGAGCUUCGAGAGGUCAACGGAAACCUGAUAACCCACAAAAGGCCAGAUGAAAUUAGUCAGAUACUGUCCCAAUCACAAGGCUCCAUCACACUGAAAAUCAUCCCAGCUGUUGCAGAUGACGAUAAAAUGAAAGAAAGCAAGGUCUACAUCCGGGCUUUAUUUGAUUAUACACCUUUUGAGGACAAAGCAACCCCGUGCCAAGAGGCAGGACUUCCCUUUAAACGGGGUGACGUUCUUCAGGUUGUUAGCCAGGAGGACCCCACCUGGUGGCAGGCCAAGAGGGUGGGCGACUGUAACCUGCGCGCUGCCCUCAUCCCUUCGGCGCAGUUUCAGGAGAGGCGACUGAGAUACAGGAUGAAAAUGGGUUCCGUGUCUGCUCCCAUUUCCCCAAAAGCUCCCACAUAUGAACGGGCCGAUAGAGUUUCUUUAAUUGCCACAAAUCCUCUCCUAACCUGCUGUGUUCUCACGUUAAAGUACCCCCAACACCUCCUCCCUCCUCUUACCCUGUCUUCUCUUCCCGAUUGCCAUCCAACAGAAGACUGUGACAAUAAGAGUGCUGUGAAUGGAAAGGACAUAGUUUCUCCCAAGAGUAAGGCAGCCCCUGCCUUCUGUGGCCAUGCUUUCUCAUGGGAUUUUUACUCAGCUAGCCUACGCAGAAGCUUCCGCCACAGGAAAGAUCGCCAGGGUUCUCCUGGUGAAGCGCACACUCCCGAUGCCAAUCACACGGAGUUCCUGAUUUACGAGGAAGUCGCACAAUAUUUCCCACGUCCUGGAGAGAGGCCUCGCCUUAUAACACUCAUAGGUUCACUUGGUGCACGGAUUGCUGAGAUCAAACAGAAGGUGAUUGCUGAGAAUCUGCGGCGGUACGGUUUGGCUGUGCCUCACACCACUCGAGCCAGGAAGAGUCAUGAGAGAGAAGGAGUGGAGUACCACUUCAUCAGUAAAGCUGCUUUUGAGGCAGACAUCCAGAAUGGCAAGUUUAUUGAGUAUGGCGAGUAUAAAGAGAAUCUCUAUGGCACCAGUUUGGACUCCAUUCACAGAGUUUUGGAUCAGAACAAGGUCUGUCUGGUGGACGUGCAGCCAGAGGCAUUGAAGACUCUCCGCACCGCUGAGUUCAAACCAUAUGUCAUCUUUGUAAGGCCUCGCAUCGAUGAUGGUCAUAGAAAGCAGUUUGGCUCCUCUUCCUCACUCAGCGUAGGGGUCACGGACGAUGACUUGCAGGAAAUGAAGCAGUCGGCAGAGCAAAUGGACGAAUGCUACGGCCACUGGGUCGACUAUGUGUUGGUAAAGGAAGAUCCAGCUAGUGCCUUAGCAGAGCUCCAGGUUGUAUUGGAAAAAGUACAGAUGGAGCCACAGUGGGUGCCUGCGUCCUGGGUGAGGCGCUAGCCAGCUGACCUUCCAAAUAGAAAAAGAGGACACAGAACUGUGGCGUGCCUCUGAAGGUGCUGAGCAUUUGGACUGAUCCAGUGUUUUACUGCCAUGUAACCAUUCCACAAAUGAGUAUGUGAGUCACUGUAAAAGAACAUCCAACAGGCCUGUUGCAGAGUGGUCAGCAUAGAAUGACCACAGUAGUCAGAUAGUGCUGGUGUACAUACGUAUAUCCUGAUAGUGCAGUGGCUUUAUACGAGAAAGGUAUGUAGUACAAGCAUGCAGGACAAAGUUCCUACAGCAACUUAUUGUCAAAAACAUGUGCACUCAGUGUGGUCAGCAAUGUAAGCCCCCUAUUAUAACAGCAGCUAUAAUGUGAAGUGCCAUAUUAAAUAUGUUAACUGUAAAGCAGAAGAAAUCUGAAGACCAUGUGACUGAUUUUGCUUUGACAAAAGUUUGAGUUUAGUGAAGUGGGUUGAAUAUGUCUACAUUUGCUUGAGAA